AUGACCGUGAAAGAUUUGAGCCACCAUCUGUCCAACGAAGCCAAGCGCAGAAACGCCUCUGCCCUGAAAACCGCGUUCAAGUAUUUCGGCAAGGACAACAUUGUUUUCCUCGGCGGAGGACUCCCGCUCUCUGACUACUUCCCUUGGGACAAGAUCACUGCCACUUCUCCCGCACCUCCUUUUGCAAAUGGAAUUGGUGCCAAGCCUACCAACGAGGCCGACACCGUGAUCACCGAGGUCGGAAAGACUACAGACUUGGAGUUUGAUAUUCCUCUUGCCAGAUCUUUGCAAUACGGACACACCGAGGGCCAGCCAGAGCUGCUUGAUUUCAUCAGAGAACACACCGAAAUAAUCCACAAAAUUCCUAACAGUGAAUGGGACGUUAUCGUCACCGUGGGGAACACUCAAUCGUGGGAGGCUUCUUUGAGAACUUUCUGUAAUCCCGGAGAUUUCAUCGUCGUCGAAGAAUACACCUUCCCUUCCGCUAUUGAAACCGCUAGAGCCCUGAGCGUCAACUUUGCUCCUGUGGAAAUGGACGACAAGGGAAUCAUUCCAGAGAAAUUGGAUCAGCUAUUCACAGAAUGGGACCCUGCCAAGCCAAAGCCUAAGCUGCUGUACACUAUCGGUACCGGUCAAAACCCUACCGGAUCGUCUCUUUCCAACGAGAGAAGAAAAGCCAUCUACGAUAUUGCUUGCAAGCAUGACUUUAUCAUCAUCGAGGACGAGCCAUACUACUUCUUACAAAUGGACGAUUACAAGAAAAACUCUGACGAGCCUGCGGCCGUCACUCACGAGGAGUUCCUUGCUGCGCUUGUGAAAUCCUUCUCUUCUAUGGACGUCGAGGGAAGAGUUGUCAGACUGGACUCGUUCUCCAAAGUCCUCGCUCCAGGAGCCAGACUGGGCUGGAUUGUUGCUCAGAAGCCACUGCUCGAGAGAUUUGUCAGAUUGCACGAGGUCAGCAUUCAGACAGCUUCUGGUUUCACGCAAACUUUGGUGUCCGGUCUGCUUGGAAGAUGGGGCCAGAAGGGCUACAUUGAUUGGCUGAUUGGCCUGCGGAAGGAGUACACCAUCAAGAGAAACUUCACCAUCGACAGUCUGUCCAAGCAUAUGCCAUCUGUCGUGAAGUACGAGCCUCCUUUUGCUGGUAUGUUCUUUACUGUGAAGAUCGACGCUGCCAAACACCCCAAAUUUGCUUCUGAGUUCGGUAAGGACCCAUUGAAGGUGGAGGCUGCCAUCUACGAAAAAUCGCUGGAACAGGGAUGUCUGAUGAUUCCAGGGUCGUGGUUCAAGUCGCCAAACUUCAAGGACCACAACUCGUCGGAAAUCUUCUUCAGAGGCACCUAUGCCGCCGUUGCUCUUGAUAAGCUGGACAUCGGAUUGGAGAGAUUUGGUAAGGCUGUGGAGCUCGAGUUCAGCUCCUAA